GAAGGCUCCGCCGUGGAAGAGGUCGCCGCUUGCGCUAUGGAGCGGGCUCCCGCGGGGACGGAGAGGAGCUCGCAGGGUGUGCGGCCGGGGUGGGAGCCGGAGGGCGGCGGGCGUUGGGGUGCGGCCUCCCCGCCGCGCUCGUGCCUUGCCUGGGGAAUGCGGGCACUCGGCCUCGGGCGGGCUCCGGCACCCUCGGGCCGGCCCUGGGCGGGCGCUGCGUUGCUGCAGAUCCGGUGCUCCUGCCUUCCUCUCCCGGGCGGGCGGCCUUCACAGACCACCCGAGGGGACGGCAGGCGCUCUGGCAGGGUUGAGGACCUUGUCACCGCUUUAGAGACCUGGCUUCGGUCCAGCAAUUCAUGAUCAAGAGAUGCCAACACCAACACAGAUUUCUUCAUCCAGAGUCAUAAUGCACGUGGAUCUGGAUUGCUUUUAUGCCCAAGUAGAAAUGAUCUCAAAUCCAGAAUUAAAGGACAAACCUUUAGGUGUCCAGCAGAAAUACUUCGUAGUUACCUGCAACUAUGAAGCUAGGAAACUUGGAGUUAAGAAACUUAUGAGUGUCAGAGAUGCCAAAGAAAAGUGUCCUCAACUGGUAUUAGUUAAUGGAGAAGACUUGACCCGAUAUAGAGAGAUGUCCUAUAAGGUUACAGAGUUAUUGGAAGAAUUUAGUCCUGUUGUUGAGAGACUUGGAUUUGAUGAAAAUUUUGUGGAUCUAACAGAAAUGGUUGAGAAGAGACUCGAACAGCUUCAGAGUGAUGAACUUCCUUUGGUGACUGUGUUGGGCCAUGUUUACAAUAAUCAGUCUGUAAAUCUGCAUGACAUCACACACAUGAGACUUCUGGUUGGAUCUCAGAUUGCAGCGGAGAUGCGAGAAGCCAUGUAUAAUCAGUUGGGGCUCACUGGCUGCGCUGGAGUGGCUCCUAAUAAACUAUUGGCAAAGUUAGUUUCUGGUGUUUUUAAACCAAAUCAACAAACAGUCUUACUACCGGAAAGUUGUCAAGAUCUCAUUCAUAGUUUGAACCACAUAAAAGAAAUCCCUGGUAUUGGCUAUAAAACUGCCAAACGUCUUGAAGUACUGGGAAUAAAUAGUGUGCGAGAUCUCCAAACCUUUUCAACCAAAACAUUAGAAAAGGAAUUAGGAGUUUCAGUUGCUCAGCGUAUCCAGAAGCUCAGUUUUGGAGAGGACAACUCUCCUGUCACACCCUCAGGACCACCUCAGUCCUUUAGUGAAGAAGAUUCAUUUAAAAAAUGUUCAUCAGAAGUUGAAGCUAAAAAAAAGAUUGAAGAACUACUUGCUAGCCUUUUGAACAGAGUAUGUCAUGAUGGAAGGAAGCCCCAUACAAUAAGAUUAGUCAUCCGUCGAUAUUCUGAGAAGCACUGUGGUCGUGAGAGUCGUCAGUGCUCUAUUCCAUCCCAUGUAAUUCAGAAAUUAGGGAAAGGAAAUUUUGAUGUGAUGACCCCCCUGGUUGAUAUACUUAUGAAACUUUUUCGAAAUAUGGUGAAUGUGAAGAUGCCAUUUCACCUUACUCUUCUCAGUGUGUGCUUCUGCAACCUGAAAGCACUGAAUACUGCUAAGAAAGGACCUAUGGAUUAUUAUUUAACACCGUCCUUGUCAACAACGUCACACUCUGGCAAGCGCAGCUUUAAAGUGAAAGACACUCAUAUGGAAGAUUUUUACAAAGAGAAAGAAGCAAAUUGUGACUGUCUACCAAGUAGAAGAAUUGAAAGUACAAGAACUGGGGAAUCUCCACUGGAUACCACCUGUUUUUCUAAAGAAAAAGACAUGAGUGAAUUCCCACUCCACUCACUUCCUGACGGUGUUGACCAAGAAGUCUUUAAGCAGCUUCCUGCAGACAUUCAAGAAGAAAUCCUUUCUGGAAAAUCUACAGAAAAAUUUCAAGGGAAAGACAGUUUAAAUUGUCCAUUACAUGCCUCCAGAGGAGUUUUGUCAUUCUUUUCUACAAAGCAAAUGCAAGCCAGUCCCCUAAGCCCCAGAGAUAGUAUGUCCAAUAGCAAGCAGGUAUUGGCUGUGUCUCCUUGUGAGCCAGGAACGUCAGGUUUAAGUACCAGUAGUUCCUCUUAUCCAUCUUGCAGAAAGGAUUGUUCGUAUUAUAUAGAUAAUCAGUUAAAAGAUGAGCGAAUGAGUCAAGGACCUAAAGAAUCACCAGGAUUCCACUUUUCGAACACAAAUCCUGCAGUUUCUGUUUUCCAUUCAUUUCCAAAUUUGCAGAGUGAGCAGCUUUUCUCCAAAGACUGCAAUGCAGAUAGCCAUAAACAAACAGCAGCUACAACCUCUCAUCAGGGAAUUGUCGAAACUAGAGAACAAGACUCCACUGAUGAGAAAACUGCUUUUCCAUCUGACAUUGACCUUCAGGUUUUCUAUGAACUACCAGAAGAGGUCCAAAAAGAACUGAUAUAUGAGUGGAGGAGAACGGGGUCAGACUUCCACACUGUCCAUGAAUAAAGCAUGUUCAGAAAGGCUUCCAGAGAGCAAGGGGAUAAUCAGUGUCCUCAGGUGAGCAUCUCCUGAGUUCUCUGUAAUUAAACACUGAUACUCAGUGACAGAAAUGCAGUGUGAAGUGUUCGAGAAAAAGCAAGGAUGAGUGCAAGAAGUAAAUGCCAGGACAAAGGAAAAAUAUAACAAGCAAUAAUGUAAAAAUACCCUCCUCCUAUUUCUGCAUCUGUUUUAUAUUACUUUCCAAUAAAAGGAAUAUCAUGGUCAACAGUAAUGCAUUUAGUAUAGUUUAGGGUAAGAUGUUAUGUGCCAGUGUGCAAAAUACAGGUUCAUCACAGCAUAGCAAUGCUGUGGUAAAGAGCAGGAGUUUUCUGUAAAAUUUGCAACGUCCCAAGCAUUUCAGUCUAAGCCAGGUGUGGUGGUGCACACCUUUAAUCCCAGCACUUGGGAGGCAGAGGCAGGCGAAUCUCUGUGGUAUUGAGGCCAGCCUGGUCUUCAUAGUGAGUGCCAUUCCAGCUGGAGCUACAGGGAGACUCUGUCUCAGAACAACCAAUUAAAAAAUAUUUAGUCUGUAACACUAAACAGGAAAGCCUGUUGCCAGCUUUUAAAAUGUGUAUGUCUUUGGCCAAAGUACUGCAUACAAUUUAAUAAAUUGACUUGAAUUUUUGUUUUGCUUUUCUGUUUGUAUAUUAGUGCCCUACUGUGUAGCCCAGACUGAUC